CACCAUGAGAUAUUUUUAUCAGAACUUGAUCCACCAAUGAAAGUUCCCAGGGACAAGCUGACACGCUGGCAUCCCAGCUUCCAAUUAGACCAAGUACCAGACAUUCUGCCCACACCAUUGCCUGCCCCUCCUGACGAAACAAAGUACAGAACUGCUCAGGAUGUGUUGGACCACAUUCGAGGAAAGGCUGGACAGAGGGUUGAACAGGCAUUGGACGAAAUAGCUUCCAAAGCUCGGAUUUCUAACACUGAAGAGUCAAAUAUUCCAAGUUCAAGUCAAGCUAAAACUGUUACAACAGGAGCACUGAAGGGAGUGUCACAGGCACUCUUAGCAAAGUGUAUUUUUGAGUUUUUUUCUCAGCUAUUAAAUUAUAGGUUUUUUAUUGCUGAAAGAAAAGCUGCUGUCUCAUGGGAUGUUGUUGUUCAGAAGUUGUUGGAAAGUUACCAUACAUCUAUUUCACUGAAUGAUGUAGAAGACCACGUUCGGUUGAUGUCAGAACUCCUUCCUGAUUGGUUAUUUGUGGUUCAGGUUCGCAGAGGUACCUUCUUAAAGAUUGAUAAAAACAAAGACCUUACAGUUCUUUCAGAAAGAAUAGAAAACUUGAUGAAACAGGAGAAAUAGCUUUUUGGACUCGUGUGUUACAAUGAUGUAAUGUGUAUUAUUAUUUGAAGUGCCUUUUUCAGCACAUAUGAAAAUAUCUUAAGUUGGAUCUUGUACUAGUAUAGUAAGUUCUGGAAUUAUUAAUGAGUACAUGCUUUUUUACAUUGACCAUCUGAAGUGACACAUUUUAUUAGAAAAAUACUUUUUUUAAUAUUGAAUUUAUAGCAAAAUAAUUUUUUUUUGUUUUUAAAAUUUUUUUAGACAUUUUAUUUAAAUACAUUUAUUCCUUUCAGACAAAUUUCUGUAUUUAUGUUAUUUUAGUAGAGUGAAAAUUGUAAAGUUAAUCACAACACGCUAUUAGCAGCCUAACUUUAAUACUUUGUUAUAUGUGUUUCUGGUCGUGCUUUGUGAGAAAUAUUUCAUUUUUUACCCAGAUAAAUAGGUUAAAUGUAAAUAAGCAUUGAACCAUUUUUAAAAUUUUGUAAUGUAUUAUUAAAAUAUGAAGUUUUAUUCUUAACUUUAGAGAUUUUAAUUACUUAAUUAAAUAUGAUACAAUUUAAAAUUGGAACACUUAUCAAUAUAACGAUAUGAUGUUAAAUAUAGAACAAUUUUAAAAGUUAGUUUGAAUAAUACAUUUAAUACUAUUACCUCAAAAAAUAAAAAGCUUUUUCAUUAUGAACCCAGUUUUAUGUAUGUUAAUCUCUGAAGGCAUAGUUGUUUUUAGAAAUAGCUUUCAAAACUUAUCUUUUGUGUGUAUGCAUUAAACAGGUAAUAGUAAACUAAACUGGUUGAGUUAUGAGAAAGUAAAAGUAAAUCUAGUAACUAAGGGUUACUAAUUAUGGUAAAAUGCUACAGGAAUUAGCUAGACUGUUUAUUGUCCUUAAAUAAUGAUAUUUAAUAUGUCAUUAAAGUGUACAUUUGCCACCACAAUGAUAUUAACCCAUAGAUGAAUCCCACAUUUUAAACAUCUGAAUAGAACUGUUUUCAGAAUUUUGAAAAUGUUUCAUCAUGAUGUUAAUAACAAUGUAUGUAAUGAUACUUUCUUGGAAACAUUUAAGAGACUAAAUGAAUUAAUCAACUAGAAUCAAGAUUUACUCUGAUAUUAACACAUAAGAUUAUUAGUCUUAUUAUAACAUGCAAAACAAGUUAGAUGAUUUUUUUUGAAGUAUGAAUGUCAACUAUAUUAUAUUUGUACUGGAAUUCUUAUUAUCAGUAUUGGAACUUAAUAAAGGUGUCACU